CUAAACAACACCAUUUUUAAAUACUUUGGCAUAGCGUUUGUCUAUAAAACGUAGUCCACUGUGUUCGUAACAUAUUAUAGUUAUGGGAACAUAAACAUGUAUUGAGAUCAUAUGUUUCUUCGAUGAGAGAAUUUGCAGAAUGUCGGCCCAGUUUCACUUAGUUCCAUCCUCUUCUCUCACUCCCAUAUAUGGUGGUGAGAACACGUUCCGAACGGUUGCUUAGCCCUGACUGACGUAGCUAGACGCUCCAAGUCGAGCCGUUUUUGGAGGGGCUCUUUUACUUCCUCACUUCAGUGGCCGUGCCUUGCUGCUCACCGCACACACCAACAAUCUAGCACUCCUCGGUUUUCUUCUAGAGGUAGAUAUCCAAGCAAAAUGACCGAACAAGGCUUAUCAGACGAGGCCGCGGCAGCAGCGUGCAAAGAUGGAAACCCACUUACGAAGGAUUUCAUGAUGCAGCAGACCAUGCUAAGGGUGAAGGAUCCAGUGAAAUCCCUGGACUUCUAUACCAGGAUCAUGGGAAUGACGUUACUCCAAAAGUUUGACUUCCCCUCCAUGCACUUCUCCCUUUACUUCCUGGGUUACGAGGACAAGAAGGAGAUCCCUGCUGACGUGAAAGAAAGAACGGCCUGGACCUUCUCCAGACGAGCCACCAUUGAGCUCACCCAUAACUGGGGCUCUGAGAGUGACGCAAGCCAGUCUUACCACAAUGGCAACUCGGACCCUCGUGGCUUUGGGCACAUUGGAAUUGCGGUGCCUGACGUCUAUGCUGCCUGCAAGCUGUUUGAAGAGCAAGCAGUCACCUUUGUCAAGAAGCCUGAUGAUGGUAAAAUGAAGGGGCUGGCGUUUGUACAGGACCCUGAUGGCUACUGGAUCGAGAUCCUCAGCCCCAACAACAUGGUCUCCAUCACCUCUUAAAGAGGCAACAAGGACCCCCCCCCCCCCAAUGGGAUACAGUGCCGUGGCGUUAUUUGGGGUGUAGAUUUUGCCAACAAUUUAGGAAACCCCCCCCCCCCCCAGUUCCAUGAAGGAUACUUAUGGGAGUAGCAGUGACACGACAUAAGGACAAGGCACACUUUUCUAUUGUCUUGAGAGCUCGUGGCAAUGAAAUGCAGCCCGGGAAAAGGGCCAAUCGUAAAGAUUGUAUUUCUCAUUUGAGUUUAAUGGCUGAGCGCAGGUUUGGCGGACAUUUUGUUUUGAGUAUACAGCGAUGCCUGACUUAACCUUCUAAUGUGCAGUAAAGCUAAACACCACUGUUCAAAGCUGCAGUUACUGUUGUCGUUUUUUUCUUUACUUAAACUCUGUUUUACAUGAAGGUAGAGUGAGCAAGAUAACAUUAGUGGUAGUCUUGGCAGAUUGGAAUUCUGCUGUGGACCCCGCCACAAUGCUGUCUGAAAUGUCAAAUUGUGGAGUCUACCUUUUUACGGUAGACUUAUGCAAUCAUCAAACCUGUCUUUCGGUUUUACUUGUCCUGGGCCCGGUUUCCCAUAAGCAUCUUAAACAAGGCUAAGUUUAUUGUUAGGAUCCCAUAGUUCUAUUGUUCUAACGAUGAGUUUUGACCUGAAGAUGCUUUUGGGAAUCCGGGCCCAGGGACUGUAUCCACAGAGCGUCUCAGAGAUGGAAAAUUUGGUCGUAAGUGCUGAGAAGAGACAUUUUACACCUAAUCUUAUGCUAAAAGCUAUGCAUGAAGCUUCUAGUCAUAGGGGUCCUACCUAGUCGACAUAUGUAGGACACCUCAUGAGGAGUUGGAGUUAAGUUGAAAGAAUGUUUUGAUAUUUCUGUAUGAAUAAUCUGGAUCUACAUGCUUUUGAAAAUGAUUUCAUAUGAUAAUCCUUAAUUGUUUUGUCACCUACACCAGAGAAGUGCAGUGAAAUGUGCUAAUUUACAGGGUCAGCCAUAAUAGUACGGAGACCCUGGCGCAAAUUAGGGUUAUGUGCCAUGUUCAAGGACACUGACAUUUUUCACCUUGACAGUUUAGGUAUUCGAACCAGUGACCUUUCAGUUGCUGGCACAACACUAUAACCGCUAGGCUAACUGCUGCCCUAUAACUGCAGGUUAAUAAAUUAACACUUAUUUUGAUUAUUUAAUUAACCGUAUCCUACAUCUUAUGUCAAAUAUCCAUUUGUAGCGCAAUAACAUGUUUUAAAAAAGUGCCUAAAUUGGGCCUUUAACUUUGAUUCUGUAAGAUGAAAAAUGAAAUGCAACAUUAUUGGAAAGGGAAAUGCCUUUCCUUUUAUAUUGCAGAUUGUGGUUUACAGCAAUGUAAUUGUCUGCAUUUCCAAUUCCCCCCCUCAAUUUAUUUGGAAUAUAUAUUUUCCUUUUAUUAACCCUACCAUUCCUCCACUAAUUGAAGUAAACUAAUGGACACUUAGGUUUUGACUUCCAGCUUAUACAUACUAUAUACAUUUCACGGACACAGUAUAUUUGACGAUAGUUUUGUUUUUAGUUCCAUCAUUCAGCUCCACUCAAGCCCUCCCAUAUCUGAACACCAUUGCCAUACAUUUUUUUCAACUGUGCUGUGAUGUUUCACAAGUUCGGCGUCUCUUUAUUCUCAGAUUAAACAUAUUGUAAAUUAC